AUGGGUGCCAAUUAUUUCAUUGGAAGGAUCAAAAUGUUCACAAGUACUCUCUGCAUUGUCCUCGCGGUGUGCGCUACUUUGGCUUCUCACAGUUCUGGUUUCCAAUUUGAAGGGCUCUAUGAACCAGGUAAUAUUCAAGAAGAUGAGCUACACACCUCCACUGUGGCACCAGCUUACCAUAUUGGUCCAGAAUUUUGGAACCGCAUGGUUAACCACGGCAAUCGUGAACAGCUGAUGAGAACUGCCGUCAAACCAGCUGCUCAGAAUGUGACACGAGAUGCUGACACAAGAGAUAAGAAGAAGAAAAGGAAAAAGGAUAAGGAGACGACCGAAAUUCCUACCGCAAUGCAGCCCACGCCACAUCCUCCACCAGCUGAAGUCAGAAAACUGUCACAAGCUCGCGAACCCCCAAGUAAUGCACUUCUGCAAACCAGGAUUCCUAACUCUACAAUUGUCUCCUUCCAAGGCUUCGAAAGUGUGUCACAAAUGCAUCCGAACUCAUCCGCGUCCGUGGUGCCACAUGCAGAAGCUGGCUACCUCUUUCACUCGCUUGGUCUGCUAACAAAUGAUGCCCACCUUUUCGUGCAAAUGUUGGAAGAACUCAAUGAAAAGAACUACAAGACUCUGGUGAAACUCCUUAGACACCACCACUCUUCCUCACUAGCUGCGGCAGAUUACGACGCAAUGCUACAGACUUGGAUGCAGAUUGCCAUAGGAUCCGAGGCGCUCUCAGAAAAUUUCCUCCGUCGAAUGUAUAAUUUAGCUGGAGCAAACAGAUCUGCCGAUUACACAAGCGCAUUGCUUUCCAAUUUGAGGAUAUAUUUAAAAUCGUAUGUAUCGGGUAUCUUGAAGAGGCAAGAUACAGUGUUGCAAACAGCUUUCGGUUUCGUCAACCAAACUUCAAUCACGAGCGACGAUUUUACUUUGCUUGAGAAACUACUUGGUCUACACCAGGAAAUUCAUACACAUUCAUUCAAAACAAUGAAUAUCUACGUCGAUUUGGUCAACCGCUUAGUAGAUAUCAAACCAGAGUCAACAUAAAGUACCAAAUUCCCAUCAGAUACAUGAGCGAACUUUCCAAACCUUUUGUACUAAUUCGUACAUCAUUGUAAGGAAAUAAGGAAAACAGGCAUUGGCUAAUAAAACUUGCAUCCG